AUGGCUGCGCAUCAGCAACAUUCUGACUUGCCUUCAAGAACGAAUACCAACGCUUCUGAAGAGGAUGCCAUCCCUGAAGGCGAUCCUUCCAAUACCACAGGUCUCCUUCUGGAGCGUUUACAGGCAUGGAAGCACAUGGUUUCAUAUCUCGAAGAAUACAUUGGCGCAGUAGGAAAAGGACAGCAUUCAGAAGCCAAGGAACAAGAAAAGAUCUUGAAGGUGAACCAUGCCCACCCGCAAUCCACAGCACAUACUAACCGGUCGCACGCCCCUCAGACCCUUUCGAAACCUCUAAAGCAAGGUCAUCAUUUCGACCAAGAGAACCGUGGUGUUGCUGGCCUUUUCGAGAACAUCCGCUCCAACACCCAAGCAAUCGCAAACCUACAUGAUGAGACGGCCAAGAAUAUCUCUGGCACUGUCCUUCCCAUGCUCGAACGCCUUCACAAGGAGAUCAAGGCCAAGGGAAAGGAGCUAGGCUCUGGCGCUGCUAAGCAAUCCAAAGCGGUGGACAAAGCUCGUAAUGCAAGCCAGAAGCACAUCGAGCUCCUGGGACAGUACACGGCAAAUUUUGACUCGGCAGGCGGAAAGGUUGAUGCAGCGCAUGAUCCAUACGUCCUCCAACGAGGCAUUUAUCACCGUCUCAAUCAGCAAAUUCUGGAGGAGAAUAACAAUCGCAAUGAUCUUCUGACUGUCCAAAACAGUUUCCAGCAAUUUGAAGCGCAUGUCCUCACCAUCGUACAGAAUGCUCUGGGGUCCUUCUCCCAGUUCAUGGGUGGACAAGCUGAGAGGCACAGAGCUAUGUACGGAGACAUGGCCUCGACUGCACAAAAAGUUCCUCUUGAUUUCGAGUGGCGCGGAUUUAUCAAGCGCAAUGAGAACCUACUCAUUAACCCCGACGCUCCACCAAGAAGCAUGAGCAACAUCACCUUCCCCAACCAAGGCCACCGAGCUACAAAACCCGUGAUCGAAGGCUCACUAGAACGCAAAUCACAUGGCAUCGGUGCAUUGACAGGUUACAAAACCGGCUACUACGCCCUCACACCAGCCGGUUACCUCCACGAAUUCAAAGACAACAACGACUUCCAAAAGGAUCCUAUUCCAGAACUAUCUUUGUACCUGCCAGAUUGCAGCAUUGGCGGUGUCGAUGGCGUCAAAUUCCACAUCAAAGGCAAAGACGUGUCUGGCGGCAAGCUCACCUCAAAGAUGCAUCUGAGUUCCGAGUACCAAUUCAAAGCGCACACGCCUGCCGACGCUCAGCAGUGGCAUAGCAUUAUUAUGUCUCAGGCUGGCAAGACUACCGACUCGGUGCCUGCUUCGCCUAUGGAGAGCAGGGUGGGAGGUGGCGGUGUUGCUGCUGCACAGGAGCCCGGCAGCAUCGGCACGAAUGUCCAGCAGCAGCAGCAAAGCAUAUCUGGUACGGGCGCUACGCCAACGAGUGCUGCUGCAGGGGAUAAAAUGAUGAGCCCGACAGAGAACACGGGAUACAUACAAGAUACUUUUCCACAGCAAAGCGCUGGCGCAACGGGCCCAGGUAGUCAUUUCUAUGGCACUCCUGCUACUAAUGAGAUGGAAGAACGAAAAUAUUAA